AUGCUCAUGGUUAUUGUGAAGGCAUUCAAGCCUGAUUAUUCAUUGUACCCCACGCCCACCUUGGCCUCCAAGCUCGGCCCUCUCGAUCGUUUGAUGUACGGACCAACUCCACUCACUUCCGAUCAAUUAAUGGUGAUUGACCUGCUCAAGACCCGUGUUGCAGUCACCAAUGGAUGGACGAUGAAUGAGACCGACUCCUACUUCCUGCCAUUCUCCAACCCGACGCUGAUGGAAGAGUUCUUUGCCAACUACUCCAAGACCCUCAUUGGCGCUGUUUGGUUCAAUGGUACCACCUACCCAGCCUCGACCACCGACCCCUUCCAAUACUCGAUCCGAUUGGAUUCAAGCGAGGUGUCCCCCACUGAUCAGACCUAUGGUAGCAACUCUGAUGGCUCAAUCAAUUACGUCAAGAAUCCAUUCGAGACGGUCCAGGUCGCAAUGGAUGAGGCCAUCAUGAACUACUAUGGCCUGAACAAUACCAUCACAAUGACCAGCAAACGCUAUCCCAACCCCUUCACGGCCACUUGGCAAUCCUGGAACCAAGGUCGCGAUGGUAUCUUCAAGAAUGCUGGUGGUGUCUUCAUCUCAGCCGCCCUGCUGAUGUUUGCCUUCCGCCUUGUCACCGACCUUGUCAUGGAGAAAGAGACCAAGAUUCGAGAGGGAAUGAAGAUGAUGGGAAUGAUGGACCUGCCCUACUUCCUAAGCUGGCUGAUCACCUCAUUGAUCAUCUGUAUCCCUGUGACCUUUGUGAUAGCGAUGAUAAUCAAAGGUUCAAUGGUCGUCUACCACACUUCCUGGAUAGUCGUCAUACUCCUCUACAUCUUCUAUGCUAUCACUCUUGUCCUCCUUGGAUUCAUUGGAAGUAUAUUCUUUGAUCACUCCAAGUUCGCUGGAAUCCUCUUGUUCAUGGGGCUACUUUUGGUUUCAAUCAUUGGUAUCUUUAUUGCCAAGUCAAGUGUGUCAAAGUACUUCAAGUUGUUCAUGUCUCUCAUCUCACCUAUUGGAAUGGCAUGUGCCAACUAUCACAUGGCCACCGAAGAUCUGAUCGAUUUGGACCCAAUGCCCUCCAACACUACUGAUCCAAGUGAAAUCAUUGGAAUGAUGCUGGUCAAUAUUGUAUUAUAUACAAUCUUGUAUUGGUAUUUGAACAAUGUUAUAUCUGGAGAGUUUGGUACCGCCAAACCUUGGAACUUCUUGUUCCAUCGCUCAUACUGGUAUCCAGAGAAUAAUUAUGAGAUGGUUGAUGUUGAGGCAUUCGGUAGUAAUGACGACGUCGAAGGCAUCCCAAUGGACAUCAAGAAAUCCCCAACAGUAUCCAUCCGCAACCUAAGGAAGGAGUUCCACACUGGCGAUGGUGUCCGAGUUGCCGUCGACGGUCUCUCUCUCGACAUGUACCCCGACCAGAUCCAUGCCUUCCUCGGACAUAAUGGCGCGGGCAAGUCCACUACAAUCGGCAUUCUCACUGGCUUGGUUCCCCCAACAGACGGUGACGCCUUCAUUACUGACUUUUCGAUCAGGCGUCAGAUGGACAACGUACGCCGCAAGCUUGGUGUCUGCCCUCAACACGACAUCAUCUGGAACGACCUGACUGUUGUAGAGCACCUCAAGAUAUAUGCCGCACUCAAGGGUAUCCGUCGUGAGGACAUUGACGCCCAUGCUGACAAGAUGGCCGAGGAGGUUGGACUGGCUGACAAGAAACACUCGCCUGCUGGUACAAUGUCUGGUGGCCAGAAACGCAAGUUGUGUCUGGCAAUCGCAUUCAUUGGUCGCUCCGAGGUGAUCUUCUUGGAUGAGGUGACCAGUGGCAUGGAUCCGCUGUCACGUCGUGGCGUCUGGGACUUUUUGCUCAAAUACAAACAAGGCCGUACCAUCAUCUUGACCACUCACUUCAUGGACGAGGCCGACUUCCUUGGCGACAGGAUUGCCAUCAUCUCCCAUGGAAGGUUACGCUGUGAUGGUAGUAGCAUGUUCCUCAAGAAGAAGUUUGGCAUUGGUUAUCUGCUCACGAUGGCCAAGACCCCAAACGCCUGCAAUACCCAAGGAGUGGCCCACUUCAUUCAUCAAUACAUUCCCGAGGCCGUCGUGCUCUCUGACGCCGGCACAGAGUUGAGCUUCCGUCUGCCCACAUCCAGCGUCGACCGAUUCGUCCCAUUCUUCAUGGAGCUCGACCACCAGAAGACCCUCCUUGGCAUUGGUAACUAUGGUAUCUCGGUGACCACAAUGGAGGAGGUGUUCUUGCGCAUUGGCCAAGAGUCACAUGGUCAGGGCCAAGGUCAGUUUAACCUAAUGGCCAACCAGAAUCGUAAUGAGGAGGUCAUCAAACAGGCAAUCUCAACCUCGUCGACUGGCACCACAUGGCGCCAACAGAUGAGGGGUUUGAUAGUCAAGCGCCUAACCACCACUCGCAAGGACCUCAAGACAUUCAUCCUAACUGUGCUCCUACCCAUUGUGUUGAUCGCCAGUUCCAUCGUCACCUACAAGAGCAUGAACACCAAACAACAGUUCUACAAUGCCGUCACCACACCCCUCACUUUCUCCAUGUCGACAUUCGGUCCAGACAACAAGGUGUUUGUUAAUUCACCUGAUGGCAACAUCUCUGGAAUGGCAGCAUCCCCCUUCGCCUCUGAGUUCCAGUCCCUUCCCAUUGGCACCGAUAUUGAGUCCUUCCUGACGAUCAACUUUAACAACUCUGCUGGAUCAUUGAACUUCACAAGCCCGGUGAACGCCCAGAACCUCGAAUACAAUGUAUACUUCAACAUGGGCUCAUUCCAUUCAAUCCCCACUCAUGUCAAUCUGGUACAUGAUGCACUUCUCCGCACUCACAAUGGAAUUGGCAUCACCACGACCAACGCACCAUUCAAACAUGUGCUCACAGCCUUUGACUCAGCCAUCUCUUCGAUUGACAUGAACGCCGUCCUCUACUUUGUCAUGCUCUUCAUGGCUGGAUACGGUCUGAUGGUCGCCUCAUUUGCCGCCAACAUGUGUGUUGAGCGCGUCAACAACAUCAAACGACUACUCUACAUCUCGGGCUGCAAAAAGGUCAUCUACUGGGUCGCAAACUUGUGUUGGGAUUACUCAAUGGCCUUGCCCAUCGUCCUGGUCGUGUCUGGAGUCCUCUCCGCUGUCGAGAGUCAGUAUGCCAACCAAUUUGGUAUCAUCCUACUUGCCCAGAUCCUCUUUGUCCUUGCUGGUACACCACUUAGUUAUCUUCUGUCAUACCGCUUUGCAACACAUGGCAAGGCCAUUGGCGCUAUCUUUGCUUUCCACUUUGGAAUUGGUUUCAUGUUGCUCACCUCCAGCAUUAACAUGCGAGUACUGGCCGUGGCCCGUGAGUCUGAGAGCUUGAUGAACAUCGCCAGCCUCAUUGAUAAUCAGAACUAUCUCAUCUCGCCAUUGUUUGCACUCGGCCGCAUAAUGGUCAUGUGUGUCAACUUCCCAGGAACUGCGCCAUUGGGUGAGCUAACUGUCAAGAACUACUGGGCAUUCAAGAUCUGUGGCGCCCCAUUACUCGCACUCUUUGUCCACGCCAUCAUCUGGACCACUUUGAUCCUGAUCCUCGACUAUUUCCCCGAGAUCUGGGGAAGGCUCAGGAACCCCAAGGAUGCUGCCUCUCCCCAACCACUCGCCGAUGAAGAUUCUGAUGUGGCCGCCGAACGUACUCGACUUGGAGCCGGCAACACAGAUGAUGUACUUGUGUUGAAGGACCUUCACAGGAAGUUCCCUGCCAAGGGCAAGAAUCCAGUCAAGAUCGCGGUUCACAACACAACCCUUGGCAUUCCGCGUGGCCAGACCUUUGGUCUACUCGGAAUGAAUGGCGCGGGUAAGACGACCACUCUCUCCAUGCUCAGUGGCGACAUAUCUCCCACAGCUGGUGUGGCCACAAUCAACGGCUACGACCUUAUCUCUCAACGUGCUGGUGCCCUUCACUCAAUUGGCUCGUGUCCACAGUUUGAUGCUCUGAUCCCCCUCUUGAGUGCGCGCGAGCAGCUCUACCUUUAUUGCCGCAUCAAAGGUAUUCCCGAGGCACUCAUCCAGUCAACGGUCGAAGCCUUUAUAGCCAUGAUGGACCUUGGUGCCAUUGCCAACUCCAACGUCGGCGGUUACUCUGGAGGUAACAAACGCAAAUUGUCACUUUCGGUUGCAAUGCUUGGCAACCCAUCAGUUGUGUUCUUGGACGAGCCGUCAACUGGUUGCGACCCCCAGGUACGUCGCUUCAUGUGGAAUGUGAUAUCGGAGCUUGGAGCCAACAAAGUAAUCAUCAUUACCACUCACUCGAUGGAGGAGUGUGAGGCGCUAUGCCAACGAAUCUCGAUCAUGAAGGAUGGAAAGUUCACCUGUCUCGGAUCAAAUCAGCACAUCAAGUCUAAGUUUGGCAGUGGCUACUCUAUCGACUUCAAGAUAAAGAAGGACUACCUCAACUCGGCCGCAGACAUCAUCAGCCGCACGUUGCCAGGCGUCGUGCUGCUCGAUAGCCAUGACCUCAUCCUCAACUUUGAACUGCCAAACCAGGUCGGUGGCCACACGAUCAAGGUAUCUGAGAUAUUCCAGUUGAUCCAACAACAGCUUCACUUCCUUGUUGAGGACUACUCUGUCAGCCAGACAUCACUUGAACAAGUUUUCCUCAAGCUGACCUCUGCCUCCUACGAAGAACGUCUCCAUCAGUUGUCCGAGUCACAGAGUAUUCAAACUAUUUUAUAA